AUGGAAAAUAAGGGUCUUUUCCACAGGUGGGUGCAAAUUCGUUACUUUUCUAAUUAGCGCCCCAAUUCCAGAGUUUUGUGGUCUUGCAUUCACAUCGUCUUAAUUAUUUACACGAUUUACAUGGUGGUCACAUUGUGGGAGAAAUUUCUAAUCCACCCAACAGUCACCACUUUAGUCAGCUCCACAUAUCCUGUUCACCAAGUCCCAUUUCCGGCAGUCUCAAUUUGCAGUAUAAACAAAAUCAGCAAGAAACGGGCCCAAAAUUUGGCGGUUACAAUAGCGAAUCAAACCAGGAAAAGUCCUGAUGAAAUCAUGUCUUUUUUGCAUUUCAUUGGCCAAUUGUACGAUUUUGAUUUUCAACCAAACACAGUGACUGAACUUCUCCUUUUUCAAAAUAUUCUCGAUUCUUUGCAAAUCAAAAUUGAUGAUUUGGCCCGACAAAUGGCCACUCCUUGUGAAGACUUGUUGGCUAGUUGUUGGUGGAGGAAUGUUGAAGUCGAUUGCUCCACCAUUUUUUACCAAAGAUUGACCUACGACGGCUUUUGUUGCGUUUUCAACUACAUUAAAAUCACCAAAGAAUUGACGUACAAUGAAAACUUUGAAAUUGACCAAAAACCGGUCACUACUGAUGCUGGCGUCGAAAAUGGACUUUUUUUCGCGGUUAAUAACAAUCUCCGAGAUUAUUUUUACUCAACUAUAUCAGCUGUCGGAGUUAUUAUACAUAUAUUCAAUCCGACCGAUUAUCCGGAUAAAUUAAGUGGCGAUUUAACCGAAAUUCUCACUCAUCCGAAUUCGGAAAAUUUUAUUGAAAUUUAUCCAACCACUUUGAUUUCAGUGAGAGACAUCGGCGACUAUUCACUCGAAAAGCGCAAAUGUAUUUUUGACCACGAAAGUCGUACCAGUUUUGGAACUACUUAUACGCAAAGCGAUUGUAAUAUAGAGUGUCGUAUGUUGAGUAUAUAUGCCAUGUGUCAAUGUGUACCAUUUCUUAUACCACUUAGUAACGGUAGUACUAUGUGUACUUUGGCCGACGUUGCUUGUCUCAAUAGAUAUAAAGAAAAGUGGUCUUCAUUGUACCCUUAUGAUCUUGAACCUGGCCCCUUUUUGCUAAAAGAACGUCAAAAUGGGUUACGUUGCGAAAGUAAAUGUUACUCGUCUUGUGAUGAAACGUUUUACAGAACUCAUGUAAAUUCCUUUCCUAUUUUGAAUCAAACGAACGAUAAUAACGUUACUCGAAUCUUUGUUUAUUAUUCGAAGAGAUUCUCAGAGUUGUAUCUUCAAGAUGUUGUCUAUUAUUGGUUCGAAAUUUUGAGUAAUAACAAGUUUUAUUGGUCUGAAACGUUUUAAUUGCUUAUUUCAGGCAAUUUUGGCGGCAUUUUUGGAAUUUUUCUUGGUUGGAGUUUAAUUUUUGUCAUCCAACUGUCGACUUAUUACACCCGACAGAUAAUAGUGAAAAUCAAAGCAAAUAUUUAA